UCACGUGACCUCGUGCGCUCCACGAACAUGGCGACCGUCAGUGACAUUCCGCAGAGCGCGUUGAGGAAAAGACGCGUGGACGGCAGAAAGACGGAGACAGAGUCCGCGGCCGUUGAUGACGAGCAUGGAGCAAACACGGACAAAGACACAGAGAAACAACGGGGGCGCGUGUCGUUGCAGACGGGCACGUACUGGCUCACUCGCAUCGUGCUGCUGCGCUCCGUCGCUUUCAUAUACUUUGUGGCGUUCAGCGUCGCAUACAACCAGAACAAACAGCUGAUAGGGGAGCGCGGCCUGAUGCCCUGUAAGAGCUACCUCAGCAGCGUGAAGCGCUACGUGGGGGGGAAGGUGGGCUGGGCCGCGCUGGGCUACGCUCCCUCCGUCCUCUGGUUCCUGGACUGGACCGACAUGGACUCCAACCUGGACGGCGUCGCCCUGCUGGGGAUGGGCCUGUCCGGGUUUGUCCUUGUCACCGGCAUGGCCAACAUGGUGAUCAUGGUAACGCUGUGGGUGCUUUACCACUCACUGGUCAACGUGGGCCAGUUAUGGUAUUCCUUUGGUUGGGAGAGCCAGCUGUUGGAGACAGGUUUCCUGGCUGUAUUCCUGUGUCCAGUGUGGAGUCUGUCCCAGGUCCCCCGCCGCUGCCCCCCAUCCCUCAUCUGUAUCUGGACCUUCAGGUGGCUCAUAGUUCGCAUCAUGCUGGGAGCUGGCCUCAUUAAAAUCAGAGGUGACAAGUGCUGGAGGGACCUCACCUGCAUGGACUACCACUAUGAGACUCAGCCAGUUCCCAACCCGAUGUCCUACUACAUGCACCGCUCCCCGUGGUGGUUCCAUCGCUUCGAGACGUUGUCCAACCACUUCACUGAGCUCAUUGUCCCGUUCUUCACCUUCCUGGGCAGAAGGAUGUGCAUGGUUAAUGGAGCAAUCCAGAUCCUUUUUCAGGUGGUUCUGAUAGUGAGUGGGAACCUUAGUUUCCUCAACUGGCUGACCAUUGUUCCCAGUCUGGCCUGUUUUGACGAUGCGUCCCUCGGCUUCUUGUUUCGUUCUGGUGGAGGAGCUAAGACGGUCGUACUGCAGUUACAGAAUGAGGACACAGCUGGACGCAGCCCCAAACCCACUAAAGGUAUGUUGAUCCGUCGAGUGGUGAACAUUUCUCUGGGCGUUCUGAUUGCCUACCUGAGUCUGCCUGUGGUGAUGAACCUGCUGAGUUCCAAACAGGUCAUGAACACGUCCUUCGACCCGCUCCGCAUCGUCAACACCUACGGGGCGUUUGGCAGCAUCACCAAGGAGCGCACGGAAGUGAUAUUCCAGGGAACUCAGAGUCUGGACCCCAAGGACCCUGAGGCAGUUUGGGAGGAGUUCCAGUUUCGGUGUAAACCAGGAGACGUCUACCGACGCCCGUGCCUCAUAUCACCGUACCACUACCGUCUAGACUGGCUCAUGUGGUUUGCUGCCUUCCAAACCUAUGAGCAAAGCGAGUGGGUGAUCCACAUCGCAGGACGUCUGCUGUCCAAUGACAGCACAGUCCUCUCUCUACUCGACCACAACCCGUUCAGAGGCAGACAACCUCCAAGAUGGGUUCGUGGAGAACACUUCAAAUAUAAGUUCAGCCAGCCGGGCAGUGCCAGCGCAGCGCAGGGGAAGUGGUGGCUGAGAAAACGUAUCGGACCUUACUUCCCUCCCGUUGACCUUGAAGGGCUCAGGGGUUACUUUCAAUCUAGGAACUGGCCCCAUCCACACCUUCCGCCAAAGAGGAACUAAAGCUGUGAGCUCCGACUGGGUUUUGGAGAUGAAAUCGACAGGGCUUUAGGUUUGAACGAGGUCACUCGACUCGAAGGUCAUUUGCAGAGUGGUUCUGAUGAGAUCAGAACCGCAUCAACAAGAGCACGAGAGUAUAUGUUACAAAGAACAACCAAGGACGAUGAACAUUUUAAUUCCUGUUCUUUGUAUUUAAUAAACCGCCUCAAUGAGUGCAAGGUA